AUGAGGCUGCAUGUACCCGACGAAGACCUUGUCAAGCGUACUCUGUCCUCUCCUCCCUUUCACUCUGUCGAGGGUGUCAUCAACUUUCGUGACUUUGGAAUUCUCUCCUUUCCUCCUGACUCGGCUGUUUGCGAUGAAAUACCACAUAUCCGUUCAGGCUUUCUCUUUCGUUCCGGCGAGCUCUCACGUCUGACAGACAAAGGCAAAGCCACGCUCAAGAAACUCGGGAUAACCACAAUCUUUGAUCUUCGCUCUGGGAGCGAAAUUCGUAAAUAUCAAUCUACUACCCCCGAUGUUGACGGCAUUCGGUUUGUACGUGUCCCCGUCUCGGAAAAUGAUGAGUACGAUCCGAUGGCACUGGCCUCCAAGUUCGCAUUGUCGAGAUUUGCUUCGGAUGAGAAGAACGAAUUUGCUGCACUCUACUCUGACAUACUAGCAAAGGCCGGACCCGCGUAUGAGAAAAUACUAAUUCAUCUACGAGAUAAACCUGACGAGCCUUUCCUCGUACAUUGCACUGGUGGGAAGGACCGAACCGGACUAUUCGCCGCUCUCGUUCAGCUGCUCCUCGGAGUUCCUGAUGCAGCCAUCGCGCACGACUACGGCCUAACAACCUACGGCCUUGCACCCGCCAUACCCGCGCUUAUCGGCAGGUUCCAAAAAGAAGCAGUCUAUCGAGAUAAUUGGGAAGGCUUCCAAAAUAUGGGGAGCGCAAAAAAAGAGACAAUGUUUGCGACACUGGACUUCAUACGCGAGAGGUAUGGUGGUGCAGAGGGGUACAUCAAAGCACGUACUUCACUCACCGACGCAGACAUCGCACAAAUCCGACGGAACCUCCUUCAAUCCUCUCAAUCUCAACCUGAAUCUGAACCAUCGUCUCCGCUAGUCGCUUCACACAGAAGCUCCGACAGCACAUCGACCUUCGGUUCCGUAUCCUACGAUACAAACUCCGAUGUAGAAUCCGUGGAAGCGAGGGAAGAAGUCCCUGAAGCACAGCGAGGGCGAGAUCAUCCGGUUUCCUCGAUGAUGUCCAACGUAUCGGCGUGGGUCGCCUACGCGUCCGUUGCGCUCGGGUUUGUGCUGCGCGCUGUACUUUAG